AUGCUUCGUCUUCAGAUCCUGUUCUUGGCCCUCCUUUUCAUCACCACAGUAUUUUCGUCGCCCAUCAGGCAAAAGCAAAAACGAUCAUUUAAAAUCCCACGAAUAGCACAACCCAACUAUAAGCCCAACGGGAAAGCAGCAUACAAAAGGGCAUUGUUCAAGUUUGGCUUUGGCGAUAUCAGUUUCCAGCCCAAUGGAGAGAUAGCCACAAAAAUUCAAGCAGCUACGAAUGCCUCUGUUGACGCGACAGAGGAUGGAGAGACCAUUGCUACACCUUCUCAGAAUGACGCCCAAUUCUUGUCCCCCGUCAAUGUAGGAGGCCAGACCUUGGUCAUGAACUUUGACAGCGGAUCAUCAGAUUUUUGGGUUUUCAACACCAAUCUUGACAAUGCAGAUCAGCAAGGCCAUACUAUUUACGACCCGACGAAAUCGAACGCAUCUAAAGCCCUCACCGGUAGCACUUUUAACAUCAGCUACGGAGAUGGUUCGUUCGCUUCUGGACCUGUCGGUGUCGAUACAGUUGACAUUGGCGGGUCGACAGUCGAUGCUCAAGCCAUUGGCCUUCCCAAUGUCGUCUCGGACAGCUUCGUAACCAACACGGCUUCGAAUGGUUUGGUCGGGUUGGCAUUCAGUCAGCUGAACACGGUCAAGCCACAAAGUCAGAAGACCUUUUUCGACAACGUCAUGGCAGACUUGACUGAGCCAGUAUUCACCGCGCAGCUCUUGUCCAAUGCGGCCGGCCAGUACGAGUUCGGCCAAAUCGACACGAGCUUGUUCAAAGGUCAACUCCAAACAGCGGCCAUUGAUUCUUCCAACGGCUUUUGGGAGGUUGCAUCGACAUCUGCUGCUGUGUCGGGCCAGACAAUUAACCUUGCUGGUGGCUCUGCCAUUCUUGACACUGGGACCUCGUUGAUGCUAGUUGGCGAUGACCUCGUUGUGGGAUAUUGGAACAACGUCGAGGGCGCACAACUGAAUCAGCAAGCUGGCGGCGUCAUCUUUCCAUGCAACGCUGAGCUCCCGGACCUUCAGGUUGCUAUCGGUAACCAUCUCGCGACUGUUGCUGGCGACAACAUGAACUUUGCCAAUGUCGGCACCGACACCCAGACCGGCCAAGACUUCUGUUUUGGUGGCCUCCAGUCAAGCCAAGGUCUUCCCUUUUCCAUCUAUGGCGACGUCUUUUUCAGAUCCAAUUUCGUCGUCUUUGACGGGGCUGGGCCAUCGACCAGCUUUGCGCCUCAUGCUUGA